GAUAACUCUUCUGAGAAAUAUGAACAAAACCCAACUCUCUGUCCCCAUUUCAAAAUCAUAAAAUACAAUUAUCCAAACACAUUCCGGCAGCUCCCCUCUAACUCCGCCAUGAACGCCACCUUCUUCCACCUCACACCACCCCCUCCACUCCUCCCCAAACUCCCUCCCACUCUCUCUCUCCUCCACUUCCCCUCUCUCUCUCUAAAACCCUCCCUAAAACCCUACACUAAACCCCACCGCAACCCAUCCCGAAUCUUCGCCGACGACGGAGACGACGGCGGCGGAGACGACUACGACAUGGACGAUGACGAGGUAGAGGAAGUGGACAACAAGAAGGACUACGACGUCGAGUACGAGCCGAUUCUGAACGGCGAUGAGAUUGCGAUGAGUGAUAGUAAGAGCUUCGUGUCGACGCAAGGCUGGAACUCGGAAAUGAUUGUUGAUUAUAGGAUUAAUGAGGACGAGUUUCAUAAGAUUUGUUUGAUGGAUUGCGAUUUUUUCAUCCGCAAGCCUCCUGAUCUCGAUAACGAUGUUUAUGAUUUUAGAGAGAUGUAUGUUACUCCCCCAGAUACGGAUAUAUAUGCAAUUCCAAGGAUCUUGGCACCUAUGCCACAGAAGUAUAUCCGAUGUGCAAUGAGUGAUUAUGGAUGCUAUAAUGUCACUGAGCCACCCAUUGACGCGCCCAGAGAUCCUAUGUAUAAAUCAGAGAGGGAGGUUUCAAAGGUGUUCUUGACUAAACAUUUUAGGAAUAGACGGCUUGGGGACCCAGAGUUUGUCCUGGAUUUCGAGGAAAUUUAUGUUCUUGAUUCAAAGACAAAGUCAAUUACCAGAGCCAGAGUUCUGGUUACAGUUCCAGAAGGUAGAGACAGAGAUAGAAAGGAGGACUUGCUUGUUAUUCGGGAUAACGGGAACACUUUCAAAAUUAUUCCUUCUAGCGAAAGAGAUGAUCCGACCACUGUGAUUGAAAAGGAAGAGUGGGACAAAAGUAGACAGGAUAUGGAACGACACCUUAGAAAGCUACGGGACUUUAGCGUGUCAAAUUGGUUCUAGUCAAAUCUAUCAUAGUUUAAACUUUUGGAGAUUAGACACGGAAGUGAACAGGCUUAGACAGGUUAAUAGAACGUUAAUGUUACAGGGUAAACCAGCAAAUAUUAGAACUUGGAUACAAGGCUAUGCAAGGCCCCAAAGCGGCUGGAGUUCAGUGAUCCGGAAUUGUAUUUAGCCCGUGGAUGGAACUGGUUUACAUAAAGUUCUUGCUUGGUGGUUAAUUACAUCCGGUUAUUUUCUGAUUAUUCUUGAAUCUGAUUGACAUAGAUGAUUUUCAAGAUCAGGUUGAAGUUCUAGGGUUCCUUGAUCUUGAUGGAUGAUGAAUUUAUGUACUGCAGUAGUGUUUUAUUAUUUGUAUUGGCAAAUGGUGGUAUAGAAUCAGGAUUUUAAAUUAUGCUUAAAAAUCCGAUAUGUUUUCACAA